UUAACGCAAAUUCACAGUUCUGCUUGCAGUGAUAGGAAAGUUUCUCUUUGAGGUUAGAUGAGAAUCGGACCCAUGACCUUGAGAUAUUUCGUUGCCCUAAUGGUUAUUGAAGGCGAACUGGAGAAUAAAUCGGUCGAUCUUGGGUGCAGCGUUCCUUGGUCUUUAUUGACCUAGAGACUGCCUUCGUGCGUUUCGUCUGGGGAAUGGUGCAAGGAUUGACUGGACAUAUUUGGAACAUGAAGUUUUGUUUCAUUGGGGUUACUUUUUUGUAUGGUGUUGCGGUGCUUUGUGUGCUCAACGAAUGGUAAUUCUUUUCUCUACGUAUUUGUCUCUGACUCUUUGAGGGGAUACUAUUGACCUUGUCAUUAGGAGCGAUCAGUCGUAUACACUUCCAGGUGGUAAUUGAACCAGACUUUAAAGGUCUGUUGCAAUAAAUACCGUGUUCGAGUCAUGCUGAAAACUGUUGCAAAAUUUUAUCACGAAGCAAAUGCCUUUAGUGCUAACAUUCUCUGGUUUUUUUGUCGCGAUCAUCUGCUAUCGUUCCUACUAUGACACCACACUUACUUACACUUAUGGUGCUAUUUGCAGCUCCUCUGACCACUUUGGGGGCUCUAAUAUCACAAAUGGGGUCUGAGGUACAAAACUGUAGCCUUAUUGAGUACAUUGGCACUCUCAAUGGCCAACAACAGUGUCUGCUUGUUAAACUGUGCACGGACGAUAUAGUGCUAGGACACAUCAACUUCCUCCUGCUUUACUACUGCCGCUGGCUCGGAUCCUUAAGUCUCGUGAUGGCAUUGAUUCUCCUUGUGCUAUUGUUCUUUUUGUUGGGACUCACGGCGUCGGAUUGUUUGACUCCUAACUUACACUUCAUCUCAAAGUUUCUCAAUCUACUGGAUAGCUUGGCAGGUUUGACACUUGUGGCAAUGGGCAACAGCAGUCCCGACAUAUUAAGUAACUACAAGGCCAUGUCUUUGGGUCACGCUGACUUAGCCGUGUCAGAGCUCAUUGGGGCAUGUUUUUUCGUGACUUCUGUGGUGAUUGGCACCAUUUCAAUUUUGCGUCCGUUCAGACUCCCCAAAACCUUGUUUACUAGAGAUCUGUCAUUCUUGAUAUUGGUUAUAGUGGUGAUAGUUCUGGCCUUACUAUCAGGUUCUCUCACGGUAUUUACGUGUAUCUUGUUGAUUGGAUGUUAUUUGGUAUAUGUGGGAUAUGUGGUGAUAACUCACUCUAUUGCCAAGAAAAGAAUAUUGGCAAGAGCCAGAGACCUCCGUAUACGAAGUGCGUACUUGCCCGACUCGCAUAUUGCUGUCCGUACUGAGGAUGAAGAUGAAGAAGAAGAAGCGUAUGGAGUAGAACCUACCCUUAUGCACCUACCAAGCAUUGAGGAAUUGAACUUGUCUAACAUAGAUGACGAAAUUUACCAAACAGAGUUAUCUAACGAGAUAGACCAGGUACGUUUCAAUCUUGCUGACGAUGUGGACUUAUCUGGAUCUUAUGGAAUGAAACAAUUGAUACACGAAUUACUUCAUCACCGCAAACACCAAGCACCCAUUCAACUACAAAUUGAUCGUGGUCUUGGUAUCACCAUGACCGAUAAUAGUGCCAUCUCAGGUGAACGGUCAGUGGAUAACCAGUACUUGUUCAGCGAUUUUCUUUCUCCUGAACAGCUGUUUCUUCUGAAACUCGUGGAUUUGUCUGAAGUACCUACAAGCAUGCUCGGGAAAAUUCAAUUCUUUACGACAUUUCCUUUCAGGGCUGUCAUUAACCUCACAACCCCUGUGGCGAUACUCGACGACAUUGAUAUAAUUGAACCUGACUUUUUCAGAAUUGCAUGCAUCUUGGUGUUUGUCAAUAUGAACUUGUGGCCCUCCGCAUUAAGCGGCGGGCUCUUUGUAAACCUUCCAUUUACCUUGAUCAUAGUCUCGGCUUUGGUACGUUUCAAGCUCAAAAUAAUAUAUGCAGUUGUUGGGUUCUUGUCGUCGGUAAUGUGGGUUUCAAUUUUUGCAACCGAAAUUAUCAACAUUCUCAAGACAUUCUCAAUUGUGUACCAGGUUAGUGAUGUGAUUUUAGGAUUUACAGCAUUUGCUCUUGGAAACUCCAUUGGUGAUUUCAUCUCCAAUUUCGUGAUUGCCAAGCUAGGUAUGCCUUUAAUGGCAUUUUCAGCCUGUUUUGGUAGUCCCAUAUUGUCUCUCACAUCUAUGGGAAUUAGUGGGCUCGUUAUUAUUGGUGCUAGCGAUUCUAGUUCUAAAAGUUUUAUCCAAAAGGGAGCGUAUAUCAUCAAUUCGUCUCGAAGUUUGGUGGUUUUGGCAUUAGGUUUGAUCAAUAACAUGAUGUUGAUCUUUUUUCUCAGCAGAAAAUUCAACGGGUAUAUGAACGAGAAGGUUGGUAUGGCGUUGAUAGUUAACUGGCUGGCUAUCAGCACUAUUUGUGUGAUACUAGAAAGUAUUUAAGUGUAUCUAUAUGCAUUUGUAUAGUGUUUGGCUGCAAACAAAACAGGUGCACAAACAUGAACACUCUCCACGCACCAGUACUGUAUUCCUAGUGCUUAAAUGAAGAUAAUUUGGAACAUUCCUGGUUCCGGUCCGAGACCGGUGCCGCUAUAUGUGCCGGUGCUGGGCCUGGGUCAUGACAGAUCCUUCAUGGCGAUCGGCAUGCCAGUCAACGGGUUUUGCACAUCUUUUGUGGCUUUUGCUAUGUUGUGCACAG